CUUCGAAUCGAGGAAGCCCGGGAAGGAAAAGUAGGCUAAGGCAGGCUACUUACAAUCAACACUUCCUUCAUGGUAAUCGGCGCGUUAGCGGCUGCCAUGGUGCCGGAUUGGAUCGACUACUCCGAAGCGGCGGGCAACCAGAUCUACGAGUGCCGUCGAACUGUCCGUCGACGGGGAUUGGCGCGGCGAUGGUAGAGAUGAGGAUUUGUGCCGGAGAGAAAAAAAUUGUCAUCGCUGCUAAUCUUGGCCUCUUCGUCGGGCUCAAAUCCCAGAGGCCAGUUCCUCAGGAACUGCAUUUCCUUUUUGUCGUAGGGGAGUUCGAACAGAGCGAGCAAUUCCGGCUCGGCGGAUUGGGCGAGUUGGGCAGCGAUCCCGUGGCCGGCGAGUUGGAAGAAUCCGUGUUCGGAGGCGUGGAGAGGAUUAGUUCGGUGGCUGAAUUUAAUUAACUUUAUUUUAUUAUUUUCUAUCUAAUUUACCCUUUUACCCUUAAUGAAUUUGGUUGUUAUAAUAACAACACUAAGAGUGUUGUUAUUCUAUCCGAGCCCCUCAAGAGUCCGCGAUCUCUUCAAAAAGGCAAAGGAGAAUGCUUCAUGCAUUGUCUUUGUUGAUGAAAUUGAUGUUGUUGGAAGGCAAAGAGGAACUGGCAUUGGUGGAGGAAAUGAUGAAAGAGAGCAGACCCUAAACCAGAUUUUGAUAGAGAUGGAUGGUUUCGAGGGUAACACUGGCAUCAUUGUUGUUGCAGCAACCAACAGGGCAGACAUUCUUAACUUUGCUCUCUUAAGAUCGGGAAGGUUCGACCGACAGGUAAGAUAAUGACGUCCUAACUCCCUCACUACAAAUUAUAGUGUUUUGUUUCUCCUCUAUUUACCCCUUGAAUUGUUAUUGUAAAAUUACUUAUGCGAGUGUUCUGGAAUGCGCAGGUGUCUGUUGACACUACAAAAAAGAGGAGCAUUGGGUACGAAUAUAGGAGACAGCUAUAUUAUUUGGUCUUCGGAAACACAAUACUAAGUAAUUUAGGAGACAAAACAAUAAAACUGUCCCCAUAGAUUAAUUGUUAAUUAAUUAAUUGGUUUGAGCUUUUUUAAGUCGUCCUCAGAGGAGGGUGAAAAGUUUCGGCGGCUUUACAAGGAAAAUAAGAGAGCUUGGCGGGCUUUACGGGAUCCAUUAAUUGAGCUUAAAGUCUGAUUUUCCUUGGGCGGGAAUGAAGCCACCAAUCAGCUAAAUUUUUAUUUAUAAUAAUUAGCUAACAUUUUCAGAAGAACGCUUAUCGGAAAAAAUUUCAAUUAUAGGGUUUAGGGUUUUUCCCAUAGUAAAUCCAAACCAAUGAUAGGAAACUGGAAUAAAAGACACCUAGCACCCUCUGCGGCAGCACCGUGUUGGUCGUCCCAGCCCAACCCAGGAAAGAAAAACACAAUUCUUUAUGGGUUGGGUGUAAUUUCUUCGAAUGAAUUGAAAUCAACAACUUGGCGAGUGUAGUCAAAAGUUGAUUGGUUGCAUAUUUUGUUGAAUUAUUGGUUCUUGGUUCAGAGAGAUUUUUUUUUUCCAGAUCUUCCCGUCUAGUUGAAGAAAAUUUCUGAAACCACAAGAGAUUUGGAGAUCGUAUUAGUCUUGUUGCUCGUCUUGGCAAGGUAAGUCUGAUUUCUCGAUUGUUCUUUCUGUAUUUCUUCUUAUUCUACUGAAUCCAUCAAAUCCCAUAAAACUUUAGUUUUUUUUAUGUCUCUAAGUAAUUGGUUUCAUGCUUUGUUAUCGAUUUACUCUAACCCCCAUGUUGAUCGGUGGAGAAUUCCGGCCCAAUUUCUGGGAUACCUACUUCCCCUGUUUAAUUUACGAUUGAAAGGACUGGAGUCCUUUAAAAGAAUUCAAUUAACCUAUAUUUGAUAUUUCUUUGCUGGACAAAUUAGAAUUCACCUUAGCUUAAGUUUCUCUUUCUAGCUACGAGAUCUAGUUAGUUCCAUAUUUACCCAUGGAUUACUUUUUCUAUUGCUAGGUUUAGUACUUGAUUUAUGAUUAUAGCUUAUAUUUGUAGCUACAUAGCCAUUCCGAUCUUCUAACAAAGUUAGUUCGCCAUUUCCUUCUCCAUUGGUUUUGGUUGUUUGUGCCUCCGUUGUUCAAAUUCUAUUGGCUUGCCUGAAUAACUAGUAAACAGCAGCAUUGGAAGGAAUUGAAAUACUGUAUAUAUCCCACAAUUUUAUUCUUUCCAAAAUCAUCAAUGACAUAAGGAACUUCACCUGCCUAUGAGUUGUUGGGAGUUGAAAUUACUACUUUUAGUACGUUCACUCAUGUUUUAAUUUGGAUAAUUUCUCAAUUGUAUUUGUAUAAGGUGAUCUUAACGACUUUCUCCUGUAGGAAAUGAAAUUUUUGUAUCAUGUCAUCUUAUAAUCUUUUCAUGGUUGUGAGAAUGAUUUAAGUUUAAUGGUCACAAACUCUUCGAACUCUUCUUAGUCCAUUCCUUCAUCACAGGUAAUUUGAUUUCACUUAAAACUUAACUUUUCAACUUAAUGGUAAUAACGUAGCUAUCUUGUCUUCUUUGCUUUUUAAGUCCUUUAUAAUGAUGCGUCUAUUUUUCCCCUUGCCUACCUUAAAUAUGCUUUGUCAUGUUCAAUCAAAUUAGCUGAGUAGCCGAGUAUAGUUACUAACUUAAUCCUAUGUAUUGUUUUGUCAGAAAGAAGAGUCCAAAUGUUCAAAAUCCAUCUCCUUACGGGACUAAUUGUUCUUGUGUAUGUUUUAUAUAUUUGUUAGGUAGGUAACGGAUACUCUACUCGGUGCAUCAAGUGUUAAAGGGACUAAUUCACUAUGAGGUACUAAGGUAAGUUUUGAAGUAGUGAUUAGAUGAUAUAUAAUAAUUAUGUUAUAGUUUCUUUUGUGCUUCAGCUACUGAUCUAAAUGUGAGACUGUGAGUUACUUUAUUUGCUUUUUUCUUUGUUUGCCCACUGCCUGUGUUUUUUUAACCUUAGGUUUUUUCUUCUUAUUCUCAUUUUCUUGUACAUUUUCUUCUUUUCUUAGUUAUAGGCUUACUUAGUUUCGACAAAAAAAAAUUCCUGAAUUUGAUACAAUAUAAUUGUUGUAGCUUAUAAGUUUGAUUUUUUACUUCUUUUUUAUUAUGUUUCAGGAACAAAGAGAAGAAGGAUGUUUGUUGGUCAUACCAAUUUAUGAUGUUGAGAAGAUAAGAUGAUACUAGUCUUAUGAGAUAAAAUAAUUUGAGAACUGGAACUUGCUAUAUAUUUUCAGUUUGUACGCUUUAUAGUUUUUGUAAUAAAUAUUUACUCUCUCAUAUAAUGGAUGUUGGUUAUUCUAUUAAACAUUGAGAUAAUAU